AAAUUCUCCACCUUGGCUCGAGUUUUUUGUAAUGAGCGUUCUUCAGCGCGCUUUCUGACUGCAUCAGUGCAUGGGUUACGGCUUUCCAAUCGCAACACUACACUUCAUGGCUUAACCCAACCUUUAACAACGUAUACUAAUAUGGCGGUUGUUCGUCGGUGCGAGAUGAGGGUAAAACUGAAAAAUAAAAGUUGCAUCUGAGCAAGCUUCAUCAAGAUUCUGCUAGUCUACAUCAAGUCAGACCCAAAGACUUUGAAAAACUCAGAAUAACUUCAGCAUCAGCUAGAUCAUUCCUGGAGAUACUUCAUCACAAAUCUUACAUCUGUAGACUAUAUCUCACCUGGGAAACAUCUUUUAUUUGAGGUUUAUAGAGUAAAGAAAAUUGUUUUGUGGUGAGCUAUAUUGCAAAUCUUGGAACGUGCCUUCAGGCUUGCGAGCAUUGAUCUGGGUCUGUACAGUAAUGAGAAACAUUCCCCUUUUCAGAAAAAUCAAUGUGAAUAUCAUCUUUUAUGGUGCCAUUCUUGACAGAACAAUGUUGAUGAUGAAAGAAAGACAGUUAUUCAUAUCUUCUGUGGCAGAACAUUUUCAGAUCUGCAGUGAUUAACAAGCUGUUAUUGCUAAUUAAAGGAUAAACCAGCAACUUGACUACUGUUUUCUGGAAUGUUUCACAAUCGAAAAAUGCUGAUGAUUCAUGUACAGACAAUGGCAGUUUGAGCACUGUUACAACACUGUUACAACAAAAGAUCCGUAACAACACCAGUACUUAGCAACGCAACCGAUUAUAGAGACUUCAUGGCAAGUCAUGAUGGUGUAGUUGUGUAAAGCGGAGGACAAUUAUUUCUUGAGAGAGUUUGGUUUAGUUGACUGAUACUGGUCAGUCAUGGAUCACUGCCGCCAUGUCGGGAAGCUUUGCGUCGGUCAAACCCAUUCUAUCCUGGACCCCUCAGAGUGGCAUUGUUCAGUAUGUGGGACUACAGAGAGUGUCUGGGCCUGUCUGAGUUGUACCAACGUUGCAUGUGGCCGUUACAACGAGGAGCACGCUCUGAGGCACUUCAAGGAAAGCAAUCAUCCGCUAGCCAUUGAGGUCAAUGAGAGAUACGUCUAUUGUUAUGAGUGCGAUGACUACAUCCUGAAUGACAACGUGACAGGAGAUCUGAAGUUCUUGCGUGACACGCUUGACGUAAUCACGAAACAGACGUUUGAAGAAAACGCUUCAAGAGGUGGAAGGAGAAGGUUUUUAAGGGCUCUAUCUGUGGAUUCGAGUCAACUUAAACAUAGUCAUGGGCGAGAUGAUAACUUUGUUAUGCGAGACAAGGGUCAUACCGCCCUCAUACACCGACGAUUCAUGCUGCUUUCGACAACAUUCCUCGCCUGGAAACACCUCGUCCAUGGCGACAAAGUCACGGGGCACAAGACACCGGCAAAGAGCGCUCCCACGCCAAAACGUCAAGAGAACUCGGGGGAUAAUGAGAUUUCAUUCAAAGACCCCAGUAGAAUUGAAACAAAGACUAACGCCAGUGGUAGCUCGCAACCGAAGGUGGCAAAGCGGGUACAGAAGGUUGUUACACCGAUUAAGAGGAAAUGGACAGUGUUAACGCCAGGUGUUACUGGACUGAGGAACCUGGGUAACACGUGUUACAUGAACUCAAUUCUUCAAGUGUUGAGCCAUCUUUUACGGUUUCGGGACUGCUUCCUCAAAGUAGAGAUUGACCUUCGACCUCAUACCAAGUCAGAGGGCAAAGGUCAAAGUUCAUCGUCUUCAGAAAGUCGGAAGAGAAACCAUGAGUACAUCAGACAGACGACAGUUGAAUGUUUCAAGCUGACGGAGACGCCCCGGAGUGGAGAGUCCAGUUCAAGUCGUGUCCAGCGCCAGCAAAGGAACAGAGGACCGGGUGGAGGAGGGCUGAAUGGAGGAUCAGAUGAUAGUACUGUUGACCCUUCAAAGUGCAAAGACCCUCGAAAGGUCACCAAUAACUAUCCACUAUGUCAUGAGCUUCACAUGCUUCUGAGGGUCAUGUGGUCCGGCAAGUGGGCUAUCGUAUCCCCUCAUGGUUUCCUCAGUUCAGUCUGGAGGCUUAUACCGUCGUUCCGCGGCUACGCACAGCAAGACGCUCAGGAAUUUCUCUGCGAGUUCAUGGACAAGAUUCACUCCGAGCUCCAGAACCUAACCACGCCCCUCUCACUGUCGCUAGGCAAUGGUGUCUCCAUGACGUCAGAGGAGAUUGUCCCAAAGAUCUUUGAAGGAUGGUUAGUUUCUCAGGUGAUGUGUCUGAAAUGUCGGUCGAAAUCAAACACCUACGAACCGUUCUGGGACCUAUCACUGGAGUUUCCUGAAAGGUACCAGUUCAGCUCCAACCGGAGCAACAUAUCCGAGGACACGUGCCACCUGACCGAGAUGCUGUCCAAGUUCACAGAGAUAGAACACCUGGACGGACCAGUCUACCAGUGUGAGGAGUGUAAUAGCAAGAGAAGAGAGGCGUCCGGAAAACCAGUCAUCCAGACGGAAGCCACGAAGAGAUUACUAGUCACCAAACUACCUCAUGUACUAAGACUCCAUCUUAAGAGAUUUAGGUGGUCAGGGAGAAACCACAGAGAGAAGAUCCACGUUCCGGUGAAGUUUGAUCAAGAGCUGAACAUGAGACAGUUCUGUCUGGUAGAUCCAAACCCAAAGAAGAUUGUGACGUCAGAGGAUUACAUGUAUGAUCUGACAUCACUGGUUAUACAUCAUGGUAGAGGUUUUGGAUCUGGUCACUACACAGCAUACUCAUGGAACCAAGAAGGAGGUUUCUGGGUUCACUGUAACGAUGCGAGACUGGAGCUGUGUUCGGUCGAAGACGUGACGGCCUGCCAGGCCUACAUUCUCUUCUACACCAAGAGAACGAACGUCGCCACGGCAACCACGCCCGGCAAGGAAGAAGAGGAAGAGGAGCAGACGUCGAUGGAUGAGAGCGAUGCUGGCAAAGUGAAGCGGAGGAGAAUCACUCUCUAAGGAAAUAACUGUUCUGCUGAAUGAUACCCAAAGCAAGCAAGUAACAAAAGUGGUAAUUCUUUUGCAAGAGCAGAAGUCAUAUGUCAACUUUUUUACCAAAACAGUAUCAUAAGAAGCAAGUUGCAUUUCUUUUGUGAGAGCAAAGUGGACUUGUCCAGAGAAUGAUUGCAAGUAAUAAAAGUGCUAUUUCUUUUGAAAGAGCUGAAUAGUUCGUCAACUAUUUUUGCUUUACAGUAUCAAAAGAAAGAAUUGUGAAAAGUGGCAUUUUCUAUAAAAAAGAGAAGAGAGAGGGGGGCAGGGAGGGGGCAGCUUUCAUUUCAGAUUUUGAAUUAGCUUGAGGAACAAGAACUGCCAGAUAACGCCAUAUACAUUUUAUUUUUUUGGUUGUUUUAUGAUUUAUGCAUUUAUUUAUACUCCUCAGUACUUUUGGAGGAAUUGUGUUAUUCAUUUAUUUUUGUUAUUUCAGGUUUUAUCAAGUGCCAUUUGGGUAUAAUGCUGUUAAAAUGAUUAUGUAAUCAAUUCCUGUCCUUAUUGAUAAUUUUUAAAAAUCUUCUAUUCAUUUUUGGGGGAUGGUGGGGGGAGGUUAGGGUAGAAAAUGUUACUUAAAUUUUAUUUCUGUUUUUCGCUGGAAUCAAAGUUUUUUUUUUUUGGGGGGGCAGGCUGUGUCCUUUCCUUUAGAAAGAAGGGGAAUAUGAGCAGAUGGCAUUUUACUUGUUUUUCACUGAAAUGGAAGGUUUUAAAGUUUUUUUGCAGUGAUUUGGAAUGAAUGCAGUGUCUGAAGCAUUGUGUUGUGGUUUUAUUUACAUUCCAAAAUAAGAAACCCAAUUUUAUUACGGAGAGGAAAUCACGUGAUUCUCUUCAAAAUGGCAACAGUGGUGUUUUUUUAAUGUUCACUAAGCAUAAUACAUGAUGAUAGACGUUUCUAUGGCACCAUCUAUUGAGAUAUUAUCAGUCAAAUUAAGAAAGAUAUUUUCAAAUUCAGACUAAAGAAAGAACAUAGAUAGUUCAAUCCAAACCUUAUAAUUUAUUAUUUUUUUAAAAGUAGUAUUAAUAUGUAUCUCAGGGCCGUUUGUACAGAAUGUAAUUUUUUUUCCCAUAGUGCAUGUAUGUCGCUGUCAUGCAAAGUCUUUUGUACACACUGGUGUGUAGUGUAUGCUUUAAAAAACCACAAAACAAAACUGCCUUGCCAUAAUAUCCACUUAUGUAGCAGAUAAGUUUAUUUCUUUACUUUAUAAAGAAACAAUCUAUAUUCUAUUAUUUAAGAUUUAAAUUGUGCCUCUCAUCUAGGCUAUUCUAUAGGGUAUGUACGUCCAAUCCCAGGAAAACCUACCCAGGGACUCUUGGUGAUUUUUCUUCUGAAAUGCUUAAAAGAGCACUGCACAAUACCGAUUCACUGCCGUGUCAA